CUCACAUUAAGUUAAAUAAAGUUAUUCCAAACAUUUAUCAAUACAUUCGUUUUGGAUGAAAACAAUGAACGGAGAGAAGAAUUAUUUUGGUCUGUUCUUCGUGAUUUUGGCUAUUCUACAGACCGCAUCAGGUCACAAUUGCUAUCAUGGUUGGGCGCCUUACAAAAGCCAUUGCUAUUACCUUUCUACAACAGAGGUUACGUUGAAAGAAGCCUUGGAGGCUUGCUAUAAUAUGCAGGCUGAUCUUCUGGAAGUAAAGGACAGAAUGGAAGAGAGAUGGUUGGAAUUGCAAUUCAAAAUCAGAGGCUAUGUUCACGGAGUUUGGUUGGGAUAUAGUGACCUUUUACAGGAAAACCAAUUUUUGACCAUUUCUAAUGCUGAACCACUUAACUACAAACACUGGAAUAGCGGGGAACCUAGUAAUACGAACGGACGGGAACACUGCGUGGGAUACAGUAUGGGGACAAAAAACUGGAAUGAUUGUUAUUGCACCGGCAAACUGAACUAUGUGUGCAAAAAAUAAAGGCAAUUAACUUUAACGUCAUUAGUUUUUGUU